AUGCAAAGUGACUGCCCAUUGCGACUCACUGCUAGACACUUUCCAGAUAUUGUACCACCGACGUCUUUAAAGAAAAAUGCAUUGAGAAAAUGUAUUGUUUGUUCUAGGAAAAAAAUUCGACGUGAAUCCCGAUAUCAAUGCACUGAAUGUGAUGUUGGUUUAUGUGUCCAACCGUAUGAAAUAGAAAAAAUGUUACAACCUGCAUUUGAUUUAAAAAAUUUCAAAAGUGAUGCACAAUACAAUGCCGUUUUAACAAUCCAAAAAAGUGAUAAUGUUUUUUUAUGUCUUCCUCCUGAAUCUGGAAAUACAAUAAUGUUCUUGUCUUCAGUAAUACCUGAAGAUAGGGAACACGUGUUUUCUGUUCGCCUGAAAGACGUCGCAAAACUCGCAUACUAUGCCAUACCAGAAUCCGAUAAAACAAAAUUGUAUACUUUGAAGAAGACAAUUAUCACAAAACUAGACCCACCAGAAAAACGUUUAACUUCUGCUCAGAUAAAACAAAAGUUAUCACAAAUAGAACCUCAAGAUAAAGAGGUAGGACUAAAAUUUAUGCUUCGUAUUGAAGCAGCCUUCGAGAAAUUUAAAGAAUUGAAUGAUUGGACACCAACAGAGAGUGAAAUAUAUGAUUUACUUAUCAACAUCUUAGAAAAAACAGUUGUUGGCAGACCAAAAAGAAAAGAAGCAAGAGAUAUGGAUGGUUAA